GCGGAACGAUCGGCGAUGGGCGAGUAUGGACGGACGGGCCGUCGAGUCGCACCACGAUCGAUCCACAAGCGCCUCCGCGAUUUUUCUCCCGAGACAGCAGCAGUCCCCGGCUGGCGUUCGAAGCGUGCGAGGCGUAGAUUCGUCUAGAACUUUUCGUCGAGCCACCGCCACUGUAUAGUCGCGUCGCGGUUUCUCUCGGUGUAACCCAUCAGCGGACGAUCGAAGGUUGCAGAGAUAUAUCCGUUGGUACGUGGUGCAUGCGAGGAGUUUUAGCACAAGUUAUUCAAAAGGACUUUAAUACUCUGUGAAAAUGGUUAAGGAGACUACAUUUUAUGACGUGUUGGGCGUGAAGCCUGGAUGCGCACAGGACGAUUUGAAGAAGGCCUAUAGGAAGCUUGCUUUGAAGUAUCAUCCUGACAAGAAUCCUAAUGAAGGCGAACGGUUUAAGCAAAUCUCUCAAGCGUAUGAAGUACUGUCGAACCCUGAGAAGAAACGUGUUUACGAUCAAGGUGGUGAACAAGCUUUGAAAGAAGGAGGCAUGGGCAAUAGUGGCUUCUCGUCUCCUAUGGAUAUUUUCGACAUGUUCUUUGGAGGAGGUUUUGGACGAGCUCGAAGGAGAGAACGUAGAGGUCAGGAUGUCAUUCAUCAACUGUCCGUUUCUCUGGAAGAAUUGUACAAAGGAACUGUACGUAAACUUGCUCUGCAAAAGAAUGUUAUCUGCGAGAAGUGCGAAGGUAUUGGCGGAAAGAAAGGUUCUGUUGAGCAGUGUUCUAUAUGUCACGGAUCUGGACUGCAAGUACAAAUCCAGCAGUUAGGACCGGGAAUGCUGCAACAUUUACAAACCAUGUGUUCAGAUUGCAAAGGUCAAGGUGAACGUAUCAAUCCUCGUGAUCGUUGCAAGCAUUGCAAUGGAAGAAAGACUAUUAGAGAUAGAAAAAUUCUCGAAGUUCAUGUCGACCCGGGAAUGGUUGACGGCCAGAGAAUCACUUUCACUGGCGAAGGUGACCAAGAGCCAGAUUUGGAACCUGGUGACAUAGUUAUCUUACUUGAGGAAAAGGAACAUGAAGUAUUCAAGCGUUCAAGGAACGAUUUGAUAAUGAGAAUGCAAUUGGAACUGGUAGAGGCAUUAUGUGGAUUCCAAAAAGUUAUCCGCACAUUGGACGGUAGAGAUCUGCUGAUAACUUCGCUGCCUGGCACCGUUACGAAACACGGUGACUUGAAAUGCAUCUUGAAUGAAGGCAUGCCGAUUUACAAGGAUCCGUUUACCCACGGCAGACUCAUAAUGCAAUUCAUAGUCAAUUUCCCGAAGAACAUUAACCCAUCGGUCAUCCCGUCAUUGGAGCAGUGCUUGCCACCGAGGGAAGAAGUUGUAAUUCCGAACGGAGCCGAUGAGUGCAUUCUCACCGACUUGGAUCCUGAGCAGGAGGCGAGGCGAAGGGACACGAGACAAGCAUAUGAAGAGGACGAAGGAGGCCCGUCACGAGUCCAAUGUGCCACGCAUUAAUUUGAUUACAUUAACCCUGUAAUAAACAUAGCCAUUUUUUUCAUUUUUGUCCCAUUCGCUCGACUCCGUGUCAUGCUAAAGAAAGAAAUAAUAUAGCUGGAUAUAUAGGCGAAUCGCUCAACGAGAUAGAAAGAACGAAAGGAGGAGAGAAAACAAAAUGAAGACACGAUUCGAUUCCGAAUACGCGCAGGACUAUGGGAAUACCGCAGCUGCCGUGUUCUCGAUGCUCGAUCCUUACGCAAAGAUCUUGAAGGUAGAUGACCAUUGUCAGGCGAUGAGAGUCUAGACACAUCUAUUAUUAGCUGUGCUGGAAGUAUAAUGAAAGUACAUUGUAAAUUCUGGCAAGGAGCGCAUCUCAUCCAUCCGCAAUGGCAUUCAUUUAGUUUCGCUUAAGUAGAGGAUCAUUAAGAGCGUGUACUUAUCAUUACACACAGUGGUAAGGAAAUUUCGAUUUAUUUAACGAUCUAAUGUAACAAGAAAAAAAAAAGAAUGAGAGAACGAACACUAUUUGUCGGUCGUAAAUUAUACACAGCGUAUAUGUUGUAAUUCAUGUAUCUCGAACAUCGUGAUUAUUCUCCGCUAUUCGACCAAUUGUAUCGCCCCAAUAAUCAGCUAGCAGCUCAGCAGUGAUUACUACGUGGUUAAGCAUAGAAUUAAAAUCAUAAUGUAUAUUUAGUUGAAAUUUGUCGUUUGUCUAUGUACACCAUUUUUCUGGCCCUCCAGAUUAUAGUAGUAGUAGCACUCAAUUACUUCAAAAUCUCAAGAUCCGAAAAAAGAUUGUUGUCUUUUACAGUUUUUUAGAAUUCGAAAGUAAUAAUAUCGGGAUGUGUCGGUUUAUGUGGGAAGAAACUACCGUGCAAACUACGUUUGAUUAUAAAGCGAUAUUAUGGUGUUAUCGGUUAUAUUAGAGAUCUCAAAACUUCUCUUCUCAAAGUGGGACAUUAUUCCAUAUUCAUAGUAUUUAAUUUCUUUUCCAAGUCGCUUUUAUAUACUGGCGUGUGACGAUAAUUAACAAAUAUACGAUUUUGUUUGCGAAUAAUGCAAAUAAAAUGAAGAAUCAGGUUCCUGUAUGUGUGUGGACGAUUGCGCGUAUUCGUAAGCAGCUCUGUGCAAUUCUGUGUCGUUGAAUAUCAAACGAUCAAUUUCUUUUUCAUCUUUAUCCAUAUAUUGUAUAACCAAGUAAAAGCGAUGAUAGUGAAAUUAGGAAAUCUUCAAAUUGAAAUUCAGUUAAAACUAGGAAAUUUACGGAAAGAUCUUUUAAUAAUUUCUGAUUAUUUUCGAGAACUUAUUCGUUUCGUCUUACCAUAACCCUAUGAUUAACGCGCAUGAACGAAUGCUAUAGAUGAUCCUUAGUUCUUCUUGUACUAUAUUAAAUUAAUAUACUUUCGAUACAUUCACAUAUUAUUUACUGUAUACGAGGUCGUGUACUCGUCCGUGGUUACUAUAGCAAAUUUUAAUAAAUAGCCCCAUAUGUCUCUUGUAA